AACAAAGCCUUUGAAAAUUACUCCAAUAGCAAAAUGACCUCUACAGCAUCAAGUGCAUCAUCAGUGAAUGGUAUUAAUCACCAACAAGUACUCUCACUGAAAAUGAAUCAGAUACAGCAACAACAGGGAGGAGAGGCUAAUAUUUCUCAUCAUACUGGAAAGAAGGUAACGAAGGAGGAACGAUCAAUUUUCAAACACUACUCAUUUGAUAUGGAGAGUUGUUUGAGUGCAUCGACGAUGGAGGCCAAUGAUUCAUCCUCAGUUUAUGCUCAACAAACGAUAUUGUCCUUGUUUAAACACUUUCUGGAAAGUGAUAGUGAUGGUAGAUAUAUUCCUCUUCUCUCAUUGUAUUUGCAAAUGAAACAUAAUCCAUCUUAUUAUGAUAACUUGUUAUAUGCUGAGAAGAAGUGGGAGAUUGAAUGCUUUUUGAAACAUGAUGCCUUUCCAAGGUUUAUUAGAACUGAUGCUUUCAAAUUGCACAUUAUCAAUCGAUUGAGGAGUAUUAAGAAGAGUAAUUCUUAUUUGACAUCUCCUAGAAAUACUGAGAGUUCAACAACGUUGAGCAUUCAUUCUGACCAUUUUAAUAAUUUGAUUUUGGGAAGAGCUGCAGCACACUCACCUGCUAAUUCAUAUUCUGCAACUCAAUCGAGUAUAGAUGAUUCGACAUUUAUUGGAAGUACAGAUUCUAAUGCCAUUCUAGACAUUAAACUUUCAGACGAAUCAUCACUAAGUUCAAGACAUACUGAUACGGAAUAUUCAACACUCAAAGAUACUUCGAAAUUGGAUGGAGAACGGGAAGGAAAUUCAUUUGCUAUUACCAAUCACAAUUCAGAUGAAGAUGAUGAGGAAGAAUCAGCUGAUACUAACAGUACAGCUACUUCAACAAGUGGAGUCAGUUUCAAUCAUCACCACCACUUUGAAAAUAGAUCACAUAGAAGAAAAUCCAAGGAUAAUAUCUUCCUCUUAUCGAAUAGAAACGUUUCAGAAUUUCUCAACAUGUUGGCUAUACCAGUAAGGUCUGAAAGAGAAUCAUUAUUCAAAUCUCUUGCUGAAAUGAAAUCAUCACUCUUCCUCUCUGAAGAACACAUGAACUAUAUGAACUCAUUAAUGGCUGAUUCACCGGAUUGGGAUAUUGUAUAUACCAUUCCUUCAAAUAUGGAGGCAAUCAAUUCCAACAAGUGUAUUCCAAACCAUGUACACAAGGAUUACUUGUCAAGAAAUGGAGGGACAUUCACAUUUUCAAUGAUCUCCAAGAAUGUAAAUAGAAAAAUUCAUCAUGAUCUCCCACUAGAUAAGACCUCAAUCUGGAAAUAUCACAGUUAUCUUCCAUUCACUCAUCAUGAAGUAUUCCAAAUGUUGGAAAAGAACCACUUUAUUAUUUCAAAGAAAAAGAAGAGUAAGGACAAUCAACUUGGAACUGAUUUGUUAGACCCUCACUUUAAUGUACAUGGAGGAAAUCGUCAGUUUUAUUGUUACGAUGAAAUUCUAAAUGUUCCAAGUAGUAGUGGUUCUUCAUUAUUCAGCAGAUUCAGUGGUUCUAAUGGAAAGGAGCUCAAUAUGCUUGCUACAAACUUUUAUGAUUCUCAAAGGAGUGAAUAUGUUGUCUGUGUAAAAUCUGAAGGUUACGAUAACUCUAGUAUGGACGUAAUUGAUAACACUUGGGGAUUGAAGAUUAUGAAAAUUACCAAGAUUACUAACACUCUUACUAAGCUUUCAGAAUGUGGUUGUAUGUAUUUUGGUGAUGCCAAUACUAGAGAUUUCUUCCUUUCCAACCUUGUAAAUACCUCUCAAAAGGAUAAGAAAACGUUCAUGUACAAUGCCUUAAUUCUUGGUUGUUUGGAAAUCAAGAUGGAAAUUUCCCAAACCUCCAAUUCUAAACUCUCUCAACAAUCCAUCUCUAAAACAAUUUCACCAAUACGUGCCAAAUGUUUAACAAUGAAUGGACAAAUAAUGAAAAAUAAAGCUGAUUAACAUGUUAUU